AUGGCCGACACCCGUAGCCUGCUCCUCGCGCCGCCGUCGGUCGCCGCCCACGAGGAUCAGCUGCGCUCCGUCUUCGCCACCUUCGACCGCGCCUCGACCGACCUCCAGAUGCUCGACCGCCUCUCCGCCGGCCUCGUCACCCUGCCGCCCGCCACCUACGAUCUCGUCCUCGUCCUUACCGGCACCGACGGCUCGCGUCGCGGCGAGGCCCUUGACCUCAUGGACCGUCACCUCUACGGCCGAAUCGUGUCCUCCAUGAAGGCCGGUGCCAGCUUGAGCUUCGAGCAUGGCCGCGUCGAUGUCAAAGAGGCCAUCCUGGCGGGGCUCGUCGAAAAGCAGGAUGGCACGUUCGAGAAGCUCGCCGACGAGGAGGCCGUAGUGCCCUUGCGCUUUGUCAGCAGGACGAAGAAGGCACCUGUCCCGAAUGGCACCAGCCAUGCCGACGCGAGCACGGUUCGCUACGACUUCAGCAAGAUGGACGACGAUGACGACGACAUCAUCGACGAAAACGGCCUGCUCACCGACGAGGAUCUCAACCGCCGUCCCGUCCAGCGUGCGUCCCUUCCGUCCCCCCGCACCCAUGCGACGACUGAUCAAAUACUGACCGCGAUGGCAGCCUCCGACUGCAAUCCACAAAAGCGCCGCCGCCCCUGCAAGGACUGCACCUGCGGCCUGGCGGCCAAGUUCGAAGCCGAGGACAAGCAGCGGCGUGCGGCGGCCGACGCGGGUCUCACCGCCAUGCUCGACGCCAACGACCUCAACGAGCUCGACUUCACCGUCGAGGGCAAGACGGGCUCGUGCAACAACUGCUCACUCGGCGACGCCUUCCGCUGCUCCACCUGCCCCUACAUCGGCCUACCGCCCUUCAAACCGGGCGAGGAGGUGCGGAUCAUGAAUGACAUGGCGCAGCUGUAG